UGAAAGAUGGCGGACACUGAAGAUUUUGAAGAGUUGUGCAUAAAAUGCGAACAAAUGGAACUCGACGGUUCUGCUUCAGGGGAAGUUUAUACACAGCUGUUAGCGGUUUAUCUGUUCCAAAAUGAUAUAUGCAAUGCCAAGUUUUUAUGGAAAAGAACACCAGAUGAAAUUAAACUGUCAACUCCAGAGCUUGCAAAACUUUGGAAUGUAGGAUGUCAUAUGUGGAAAAGAGAUUUUGUAGCAGUUUAUAAUGCUCUGAAAGAAGACUGGUCCCCUUCUAUCCAGCCAAUCAUGACAGCAUUAACAGAAAAACUUCAGAAAAGGAUGUUUGAUCUAGUAUCCAAUGCAUACACCUCUAUCAGAGGAGAAGACUUGGCUAAACUAAUGGGAAUAACAAGGGAAGCUGCUUUGAGUGCAGCUGUUGCCAGUGGAUGGAUUAGUGAUCCAGCCACAGGAAUGAUCACUCCCAAGAAGACAGAACUUCCACAGAAAGAGAUUCCUCUUACAAGUGAACAGGAACUUGCGCUGUUGACAGACUAUGUGUCAUUUUUAGAAAACUAACUUUAUCUAAAAAAAAAAAAAAAACAGAGAUACAGUUCUUCUAUGAAACAGGUUACUUACCAGUUUUAUCCAAGAACUACAUUGCAGCAUUCAAAAUGUAAAAAACUUCAUGGGAUCAAAGUAUGUUGUAAAUUGUGGACUCAAAGAUGGCUUUGUAUCCAGUAAUAAAAUGUAGACAACCUGCUCA